CAGCUGGUGGGCGGGGCGAGAGGAAAAUGGAGGGAUGUGUAAGUCUCUGAAGCGCGUCAGGAGGCUCAAUCCUAUUUGCUGUUAAGCAAGUUCUGCUGAGCUCUUUGGAGCCUACUCCCAGAUGAUCCGAUCCCCAGUGAAUCUUAGUUGGAGAAGGUGAGAGAGGCUAUGGAUGAAACAAUAUUUCGAAGUGAUACAGUACUCUCUGAUAUUCACCUCCACACUGCAAACAGAAGGCAUUUUAUGGUGAGGCUGAAUGCUGUUGGCCAGCCAGUCUUUCUAUCGCAGUUCAAACUCCUUUUGGAGGAGAGUCAGGGGGAUCCUCGGAAGGAAGAGAGAGGCCAAAAAGCACCCCUUGGUUGCUGGAGCAGACGUGAAGAAUUAAUUGCAGAGGGCAGAACUGGUGCUGAAGAUUCUCCAGACAGUCCCGAAAACAAAGGUGACCCCUGUCGAGGUUUUGAGGCCUUGUUGGAUGAAGAUGGGGACCUGCAGGUGGUCCGGAAAGUGCCCCUCCCUCCUGCAGGAGAUGAGGAUCAGACAAGGACUAAGGCCUGCCCCAUCAUUUUGACUAGGAAUGGAGAUGUCUUGGAAGAAGAGGAACAUGAGAGCAACGGAUGCAGUAUUGUUAAAAUAGAGCACACCAUGGCGACACCUUUAGAAGAUGUGGGGAAGCAGGUCUGGCGAGGGGCUUUCCUGCUUGCUGAUUACAUCCUCUCGCAGCAAGAUUUGUUCAGGGGUUUACAUAGCACAGGAAGUGAAAUUAGAGUUAAAAAGCUGGAUUGGCAGCAAGACGAUUUCUGCACUGAUCCUGAGGAUUGCUUCAGCUGGUCCGAAAAAGAGAUUACUGAGCUGCAUGACCUCACCACUGUGAUACUGGCUGCUGAUGUGUUUUAUGACGAUGACCUAACGGAUGCUUUUUUCAAAACGCUGUCCCGAAUCACUAGGAACCUGAAGAAUUCUUGUACCGUCUACUUCUCUAUGGAAAAGAGGUUCAACUUCACUUUAAGACAAAUGGACGUUGUGUGCGAAGCCUACAGUCACUUCCGGAGUACUUUGGAUGAGCUGCUGAAAACCAGCGAUGGCGAGAUGAGAUACAGCGUUCAGCCUGUGGAGCUGUCUUUUCCGCAGCGUAUUGUUUACGAGCGAGUUCCGCAACUGGAGCUGUGGAAGCUCAGAGCUCAGAAGAUUUCUGGCGGAUCCCGUCCUCAGACCCCAAGAGACUAAAAGAAGAUGCGUUGGAUUUCCUCAAGAUCAGCUGAUCUUACGAUCUAAAGGAGUCCCUGAAUGAAAAAAAGGAGCAGAUGGAAUUCAGGUCCCUGUCAAAAACAGAUUAAAUAUAUAUAUAUA